CAACCAACCUCUCCCCCACUCCACUCCAAUCCACGGCCCCACAAAACCUAAGCUAUACCACCAUCAAUAUUAUUAUGCCCAGGCAGGCAGCAGAGGCUUUUAACAGAAAAUGCACACAAGCAGAUCCUCUCUUUUGCCUCUAUUCUACUUUAGUGGUGGAGAAGAAGAAGAGAGACGAGAAAAGAAUCAGAAUCAAUACUAAUAUGGACAAGCCAAAGCCAAAUACUUAACACAAAACAAAAAAACAUGAAGAUAAUCUGGGCAUAAGUUCACUUCACCCAAGAAGAAAUUGACCAAAGUUGUAUUCGAGAAGGGGGGUGGACAGUGGACUGGACGGACGUCUUUCCUGAAAAAAAAAUAAUAAUAAAGCUACAAAUCGAAUCUCUGUACGCCGUAUUAGAGAGAAGAGAGAGAGAGAGACGACUGAGCUCAAAAAAAUUUGGGGGGGUUUUUGUGAAAAUUUUGUGUUUUUUUUUCGGAGAGAUCAAGAGUACAAGGAAAAUAAAAAUAGGACUAAAUAAUAAAAUUCCUCCUGCUAAAAAAGAAUGCCUAAUAUUACAUGCCCUUAUAUAUUCUCUCUGCUGAUAUUCGUCUAAGUCAUAUAUAUUUGAAAGUAAAGUAGGUUCCGAACCGAUAAGAGAAGGGGUAUGAAAAAAAGUGCUUAAAAAACAAUAUCUCAAACAAAACUUUGUUGUUCCACAUACAUCCAGAAGAGUGCUAUUAAUUAAUUAAGACUAAUAAUUAUCUUAUCCCAGACUGAUAACUCUGGUGUUGUUACCUUAUCCAUUUCUUGGUUAUCAUCGUUAUCAUCAUCAUCAUCAUCAUCGAAUUUCUCUCUUCGAUAUUAAAUAACUCGCGCACAACUAACCUCAUUGUUACGACAGAGUAUUAAAAAUUGUGGUGAAAAAGAAAGAAAGAAACACAUAGAUUUUUAAUUUUUAUGGAAAAGUAUUUUAAAACUAGUUAAUUAAUUAAGUAAUCUUGCCCGGAGGAGAAGAGAGACGAAGCCAUUUACACUUAUACAAAAUUGAUACUCAUUCAUCACUGAUAAGCAAGGAAGAAGGAACUGCUGUGUUUUUUUUUCUGAAAAAAAAUAUCCAAAAAAGAACCCAGUCCAGAUUUUGACAUUAAUCGUCCAAUCCAAAAAAUCCAGUGAGAUAAUUAUUACUAUAUUGAUAAAAAAUAUAUAUAUAUUUCUGUCUGUGUUCUCUCUAUACAAAAAACAAUUUUGAAAAAAUAUAUUUUCUAGUUUUACUUUUUAGAGGAAAAGAAGAGAAAGACUUGUUUUUUUGAUUUUGGGAGACUAAAAAUAUUACGAUCUACAUAUGUACAAAAAAGAUAGAAAAGAGUGACAAAUAGUUACGUUACAACAAUAAUUAAUUGGUGAUAUUUUGAAGAAGCUGACUUGGAUAAUUGAUAAUUGAUGAGAGCUAAAUAAGAUUACUACUGCUAAUAAUUAAUUAAUUACUACUUGGGCUUUGAUUGAUAUCGUGGAUACUCUCCAAGUAGUAUGUGAAUACUGCUGCUAAAAAAAGUACUACCUCUCUACAUACAUAGAUACAUACACUGCAUGGGAAGCAAUAUUGUAAGUUAUAGUCCAAAACUAUCGAUUCGUGCUGUGUCAGAAUGCGUCACAACGUUCACAAUGCCUCUUAAUACAAUCGUAGUCAAUCAGGGUGAUUUCCAAACCAAUGUGCCAGAAGGCAAUAGCGUACAAGAAAUUAUCCUUCCUUCUCCUACACGGACAACAAAUAAGUUAUCACUUUCUUCUGACCCUCCUUCAUGGACUGAGACUCUUCUCGUGGGUGGAACCGUAGUAGAAGACGAAUCCUCAUCCUUAUUACUGUCAUGUCGGCCAUCUUCACCGGGAUCAUCACCCGGAGGAUCCCUCAUUAUUUCUACGCCCACUCAUUGUGCUGAAGACAACAAAGAUAAUUCCCGUGCAAAUCUAGGUUUAAGUCCUCCCACCCAAGUGCCUAGCCCGUCUUCCUCAGCAGCAGCACAAGUUAUUAUGACCACGAUGAAUAUGCCGAGUUCCGGCCCGGUGACGACAAAGACGAUGAAUGAAUCUGAUGAUGGAAGCCAAGGUUGUGAUCUCGGAGGCUUUACCGUAGCUUCGAACAAAGGUUGGGGCCUUUCCGCCGGCUCCGGACUACGUGGCGGUGGUCUCAACUCGCUCAACAAUGGAACUUCCGGCUGGGGUGCGCCCCCCACAAAUCCGAAUGCAGCGUCCGGCUGGGGCACUCCCCCCGGCCCUGGCGCCCCUGGAAAUAACCCUGCGCAAGGUGGACCUCAUACCGGGAAUCCGGUGGGACUUCAAGGAGGUGGUGGUGGUGCUCCAUGCUCGUCGUCUUCCUCAUCCUCUCCACCCGGAAAUUUAUUGACCGGGAACAAUAACCACCAACAAGGCGGAUCAAAUCAGUGGGCUUCAAACUCUCCCAAUCGUAAUAAUAAUCCUAGUCAAAAUGGGCAACAAAAUAUUUCUGGAUCUCAAAUUAAUAACAAUCCAAACGGAAAUGCAAGCGGAGGCGGUGGUCCUUCCCAACUGCCCAUGCCCCCCGUUGGGAGUGGCUCUUCUUCAUCCGCCGCAAUGCAACUGAAUAAUCAGAACAACAUGAACCCGAAUUCUCAGCAGCAAGGAGGCAUCAUCCCGAUCGGUGGUGGAGGAAAUCCUUCCGUGGGAAUCCCCUCAUCAGGCUCCUCCUGGGCCCAAGCAGCCGGCAAGUCUCUACAAGCUAGUGGUGGUGGUGGUGGGGGUGGUGUUGGUGUUGUUGGUGGUGGUGGUGGUUCACUUCUUGGUGGUGGGUCUGGGUGCACUUCUAACUCGAAUCCCAAUCAACCCGGCAAUUCUUCUAUAGGCUCCAAUUCUUCCUCCUCGUCAUCCUCUGGCGGUGGGGGUGUGGCCGCUCAGACGUCUGGCGCUCCUGCUGCGGCCGGUGGUGCAUCGAGCGUGACGAGCAAGCAGAUCGAACAACUCAACAGCAUGAGAGAGGCGUUGUUCAGUCAUGAUGGAUGGGGUGGGAACGUGAAUCAAGACUCAACCUGGGACAUUCCUGGUUCUCCAGAGCCAACUCAUAAAGACUUGGGCGGUGGACAGAUGUCCGCCCCGGCAGGAACGAACGUGUGGAAAGUCAACGUGAACAAUGGGACUGAUCUUUGGGAGGCAAACCUCCGAAAUGGGGGUGCUCCCACGGUGGCACCCGUCGUCCAGAAGGCGCCCUGGGGACAUACUCCCUCCAAUAAUAUUGGAGGAACAUGGGGUGAGGAGGAUGACGGAAGUGGUGAAUCUGCCAGCGUGUGGUCCGGUCCUUCCGGAGGGCCUGGUCAAGGUCCAGUUAAUAAUAACAGCUCUGGCGGAUCUGGCGGAAGCGGGGGCGGUGGCGCUGGUGCGAGCGGUUGGAUGAAUAAUGGACCCCAGCAACAAGUCGGACCUGGACGUGGUGGCGGGGAUGGAAAUGGAAUGUGGAAUUCUGCCCCAAUGAAAAAGGAACAGUCCGAAUGGGACCGUAGCGGCGGUGGGGGUGGUGGUCGCCCCAUUGAUUCUCGCGGACAUUUAGGCGGCGGUGGACUUGGCGGAGUUGGUCCUGAUUCCCGCAACGUUGUGGGUGGAAUUGGCGGUGGUGGCGUCGUCGGAAUGGUCAGUGGACACGAGAACAGCCACAAUAGUCACAAUGCCGUGCGAGGCGGUUGGGACAAUGAUGUACGAGGUGGUGGCGGCGGUGGAGGAAGGAGCAAUCUUGACGGUGGAAAUCCAGGCAUGUGGAACAAACCGCAAGUCCAAGUUCAGCAGCAGCAACAACCCCCACUCCAACAGCAAGGUGGCGGAUGGGGUGGACCAGGAGGACACUCUGGUCUCGGUGGAAUGGGCGGUGGCGGGAUGAAACCUGACAAAGGGCCCGGCUCAUCUGGAUGGGACGAUGUUUCUCCCACGACGCAGAGACGCCCAGUCCCCAACAUUCCGAACUAUGACGAUGGCACUGCUGUCUGGGGAGGUGGCGGUGGUCCACAACAACAGCAUCCCGGCGUUCGAGGAAUGCCGCCAGGUCGGGGUGGCAUGCCGAAUAAGAUGGAUGAUGCUCCAGUUGGAUGGGGUGCAAACAGAAGUAACGGAUGGUCCGGCCCCGACGGUCCAGGCGGUGACCUUGGUGGUUUUAACGGCGGUCGUGGCGGUGGAGGUGGAUGGGAAGACAAAUCCAUCGGCUCAUGGGGUGAACCUCCCUCCAUGCAGCAGCAACAACAACAAGGCGGCAACUCUCAGUGGGGCGGUAAACCUAAAACCCCCACCAACAAUCCUUCCAGCUGGGGGGAUGAUGGCGGCAUUGUGGACACAUCAAAUUGGGGCGCUCCUCCUAAAAAUUCCAAUUCGAACGCGACGUCCUCCUCUUCCACGAUAAGCUCGAGUAGAUACUGUAACGGUAGUCCCAAUAAUAAUAACAACAAUUCGAUGUCCAAUUCCUCCUCCUCCUCCGCGAACGGCAUGGGUCUCAAGGAAGCCGCCUACUGGGCCGCACAAGCUAAUAGUCACGCUAACAAUGGUGGAAAUCGCGGAUACAACUCCUCCUCCUCUUCCUCCUCGAACAACAACAACAUUUUGAAAAACCUCCAAGAUUUUGGAGGAUAUAACAAGAAGGAAGACAUGGAGCUCGCCCUGCGCGCCUCGCACAUGAACCUUUCCGACGCCAUAGAUUCCUUGGACGGGGGACGUGGCGUGGUGCCGGUGGGGCCGGGUGGGAUGGAGCCUCCAUUGUGGGGUGGACCUUCAACUGGAUCUGGAAUGCCGGGACGACACGGUCGCCUUCCUGGUGGCGGACCACCCGUAGUGGAUCAUGAUUUUGACCUUGGCGUCGGUGGUCCCAUGGGAAUGGGUGGACCUCCGCCCCAGCAACGAUACGGGGUUCCGAACCCCAAAGGAUUCUCCGGCAGUGGGGGUGGAAACUCACUGAUGAACAAUGUAGGGAACAACCCAGCUAGUCUUGGGGGCGGUGGGGGUGGUGGAAGUAUUAAUCCGACCUUGUUGCAACGGAUCUUGAAUCAACAGCAGCAACAACAAGGCCCCAAUAAUCCACAAGCGGGCCGACUUCAGCCGAACAAUGGUGGCGGCGGAUCACAAGGUGGUGGUGGUGGGAGCUCUGGUGGAGGUGCGUUCCCUCCCUUCAACAAGUCUGUGACCGUUUUGGUCCAACAAAUCCAAAUGGCUGUGCAAGCGGGCUACCUCUCCAACCAGAUUUUGGCUCAUCCCCUCCCCCCGCAAAGUCUCGUCCUUCUCAACUCGCUCCUCCAGCAUAUCAAAAGCUUCCAAAUCCUGACACAGGCUCAGCAACAAAUGGGGAACUCAAACUCACCCAGCGCGCUCCAACUUUCUGUCCAGAUUACAAAGACGAAGCAAAACAUUCACAAUUUGCAUAAUCAGAUCGCAGCGCAACAAGCGCAUCAUGCCAAACAGCAACACCAUCACGGCGGUGGUGGUCCUGGUGGUGGAAAUGAUUUCAUGAAGGCUGGCGGCGGUCCUCCUCUGAUCAGUGGAGGCGGCGACGGUCGUGGUGGGGGUGGUCCCGGCGGAAAUUUGAUGGAUCCCCUCGGCUCUUUCGGAUCCGACUUCCUCCUCAAUAAUAAAGACGGCGGUGGACCUCCACACCAGCAGCAACAGCAACCACAAUCCAGACUGAGCCAGUGGACCAAGAUUCCAUCCAUGGAGAAGGAAGAGGUCGGUGGGGGCAAUCAGGGUGGAGAUUUCUCACGAGCACCCGGCCCACAAAGUGGCAAUGGGGGAAGUGGACUUAAGAAUAACUCGAGCUUGAUUCUUGGCCCGUCAGACACGUGGUCCACUUCUGUCGGCUCCCGAUCCGGCGGGGACGGUUGGCCUACAGAUCACGGAAAUUCUGGCUCCGGCGGAAAUGACAACGAUCCCAUGAAAGGCGGUGGCAAUGUUGGUGACGGAUGGCAAACUGAUCUCGUGCCGGAGUUUGAGCCAGGAAAACCGUGGAAAGGGACGCAAAUAAUGACAUCGGUGGAGAAUGAUCCCACCCUGACGCCAGGAUCGGUUGUCCGAUCUCCUUUGAGCUUGGCAACUGUCGCUGCAGCCGAGAUUUUCGCCAAGAGCUCCAACUCUCUGCAGAGCUCUUCCCUUGCCUCGGACUCACUGCCUUUGAGCCUCAGUUCUAGUAGUACUUGGAGCUACACGCCCACCUCGGGAGGGGGCGGUGGAUCUACCUCCAUUGCAAAUUCCUUGGCCAAACUCAACUCAACCCGGGACCUUUGGGACUACGGCGGUGGAAGUGGAAACAGUGGGCAACAGCAGCAACAACAACAGCAGCAGCAGCAACAACAGCAGCAACAACAACAAGGAUCUCGCCCACCUCCAGGUCUACCCAAGAAGCAAGGAGCCCCUGUCCCCUCCGUGCCCUCGGGUGGAGGCAAUCCACUCUGCUGGCUCCUCUUGAGAAAUCUGUCCCCACAAACGGACGGCUCCACGCUGCGAACUUUGUGCAUGCAGCAUGGUCCCUUGCAAAAGUUCCACCUCAACCUCAACCAUGGCAUCGCUCUGGUCAAGUACAACGGACGAGAUGAGACAGCCAAGACGUUUCUAUUCCAGGCGCAACACGCCUUGAAUAAUUGUGUUCUCGGAAAUACUACAAUUUUGGCGGAAAUGGCGUCCGAAAAUGAUGUCCAAGGUUUACUUCACAGCCUUAACUUAGCUCAGCAGAGUAAUUCAGGAUUCUCAUCCUCCUCCUCCUCCAACCGGGGUGGAAAUGGAAACGGAGGCGGCGACGAUAAUCCCUGGGGUCUCCGUGAUAACUCCCCCUUGUGGUCCAACAACCCAUGGGGUUCUUCCGGAUUGGACGCUCCAGAUCGUGCCACACCCUCCUCGCUAAACUCCCUCCUCCCCGACGGUCUCCUCGGGGGCGAGUCCGCCUAAGAGAACCCCUUCUCUCUCUAAAAAAACCGUAACUAUGUAUUACGUCACACCCACACACAUUACGUAAUAACUUGUAUUUAACCAACCAACCAACCAACUCACCACACACAAUAAAAACCAUCGUCUCGUCGACAUCGACAUCAUCAUCAUCAUCACUUCUCAACAAAGAAUCGUGUCCUGUAUACUCCAAGAAGAAGAAGAAAAAAAAUGCUUGAUUAUUUUAUUUAGCAACAUUGCCACAAUAAGUACUUCACUAUUGUGUGACACUGUUCAUCAACUACAACUACGUAUUCAACUACAAGACUUAUAUAGCAAAGAUAUGUAUGUAUAAUCCUAUACAACUACUAACUAACCGUUACGAACGAAGAAAAACCAUCCAUCUCUCUUUUUUAUGAAUUAUUAAGUAAAAAAUAAUUAAUCAUCAUUGAUUGGAUUGUAGAUAUUUCAUCCAAUCCAAUCCAACCCACUACCUACCAAAACCCUAACCAACCAACCAACCAACAAAAAACCUACCACAAACAAAGAAAGUGAGUGAUUACACUAUUACCUAAAAUGAAAAACACUAUGAACACAACAUAGUACUGCUACCUACCUAAAUAAUUAAUUAAGCGUCGUUAUUAAGUAUUAAGAAUGUUCUAAAUAACGAGUUUUUUUUCUGUUUUUAACCUACUUUUUAAGACGAAAGCCAACCUGCAUUUUUAUUAUGAUGCUGAUAAUGAUAUAAAUAUAUAUCGUGACUAUUAAUAAUAAUUAGGGGGAGACAGAAAUCAUGAUAUAUAUAUAAAUAUAUAUUUAUUAUUGUCGUAUUAUGUAUUAUCGAUAUCCGAUCUUAUCAUGAAGAAAGAGGCACAAUUGACCAUUAUUAUUAUUAUUAUUGUUAUUACUACUUUAUCGUUGUGAAUGCGUUGAUUUGCUGAUUUUCUUAAAGAAAUGAAAUAUAGUUCAAUUUUACCUGACAAGCGAGGAUUUAUGGAAAAGUUGAGAGAGAGAGAAAAAUCCAAUCCAAACCCAAUCAUCCCAUGAAUUAAAUAUUUAAAGUCAGUAAUUAAGUAAGACUAGACUUGUUUUUUUGCCAUCAUUUUACCCAAGUUCGUACAUAAAUAGUUGAGUGUGACAAAAAUGAGAUGAUAAUAAUACUACAUAAUUACAUAAAUAUGCAAUUAGUGUAAUUAAUCUUCUGUAAAAAAAAAAGUUGCACACAUCAAUUCAAUUUCGAUAGGUAGCGGGUGGUCGUGGUGGGGGUGGUGGCGAUCACUAAUUAUACCACCCACCAAUUUCAAUCCAAUCCAAAAAGAAGACAAAGACUUGUUGCUAUUCAUUCAUCAAUAAUUAAUAAUAAUUACGAAAACACAAUUGUACAAUUUUUGGCACUAUUCACGCCGCAGUUUGCCUGCAAGAAGAAGAAGUUCUUGUUUUAAUUAAUUAAAAUCAGCUUAAUUAUUAUUAUUUUUAGCCAAAUUUACAUAUACAUAUUUAGAAAAAUCUCCAUAAUCCAAUCCAAUCCAGCCAGUGUGUGUAUGAAAAGGAAAACAAUUACGAUUGAUUUUUCAAGCUCAUUUUAUUUAAAAAUAAAUAAAUAAAUAGUCAAUCGAUAAGUCAGGAAGGAAGGAAGGAGAGAGUGAGAUGGUAUAAUGAAUGAUGGAUUUUUUUGGCGUGGCGUGUGUUCAGAUUCAGAUUUAGAUCCGAUUGUGUUCCCAGAAGCAAUUUUGUGUUUUUUUGUUUUCUUAAGUGCAGCAGGCCGGCGAUAAAUCGAUCGAUGUAUGUAUUUAGAGCAAUAAUACUACAUUUAAAGAUGAAGAAUGACAUAUUAUUAUACAUGCAUAUUUAAUUAAUUAAUAAUUAAAAACUACUAUAAUGUUGAUCUUAUCCUCUCGGGUGUGGUUUGAUGACGAUGACGACGAUGAUUACACUUUUAAGUUUGUUUUUCUUCCUCCUCGUCGCCAGUGAUAUAUAAAAAGCCAAGCUAAUAAUACUAUUUAGGGGAAAAACAAGCUCAUUUUUAAGCAAUUUUCACUAUUAUUUCACUCCCCAAACCCCCCGAGUAGCUUAAAAAUAUUUGAGGUGGAUAAAAAUCAAUAAUCAAUUUACAUACAAAGCUUUCUCCCAACCCAAACUUCUCAGAACCGAUUCUAGUUCAUUUUUUAAAUUGACUUUUCUGUGUUUUUCUUGUAUCUCUUAAUUUAAUCUUAAUUAGUAAAAGUGUUAAUUAUAAUUAAGUAAAACUUCUCCUAUGCUAAAUAUUAUGAUCCUAUUUACAGUACGUUACAUUACCAAUUGUGAAAGACUUAUCUGUUUUAUUACACUCUACGAAAUAGUAUUAAUUAUUGUUAUCAUCAUCAUUAAUUAUUAUGCUUAUUCAAUUUUAAGUGCUGAUAAUUGAUCUCACUCUACGAUGAGUUAUCUAAAUAUGUAGGAAGUUGUAUCAUAUCAUCGCAAGAAGGAUGGGUCGAUUGAUUGAUUGAUUAUCGAUUGCUUAUCGAUUAAUUCAUGAUAAGGUUGUUGUUCUAUCAGGAAAGAGAAGAGAAGAUGAAGAAAGUGAUAUUAAGAAUCAACCAAUAAUUAUAACAUAAUUUGUUAAAUUGUUUAUUAUUGUUAUUGUUAAAAUAAGUUAGUUAAUUUUCUCCCUCCUUUUUCCGAUUUCAUUUAAUUGAUGCUAAUUAACUUUAAGGAUUGAUUUUACCGAUUUAACCCCCCAUAAUUAAGAGCUAAUUAAUUAAUUAAUUAUAAUAUUGUGUUUGUUUCAAUCCUGGCAAAAAAAAUUGAUACGAGGAAUUAAUCGUUAUUAAUUGUAUCAUGAAUGAUGAAAUUGAAAUCGGGGGAAUUAAUAAGUAUGAGACACAUUUAUUAUUAAUUAACUAAUUAUUAUUACUUACGAUUAUUAUGUAAUUACAUAACUAACUUAAUUUUGUUUUAUGCUUGUGUCCCGUUUAAAACUAUAAUAUAUUGAAAAAUAUGUACCUAUAAGAAUGAGAAUGAGUUUUAAGGGGGCAUCUUUUUUUCUUUUAGUUCAUAGCAUGUUUAGUUAAUUGAUUAAUUAAUUACUAAUUAUUUAGUAAGUGUGCUUAAAAAAUCGCGGCCUAUCAACCAAGAUACAUCACGAAGAAAGAACGCUUCUUACAAAAAUGUUGUCUUAAUUAAUGCACACACAUUAAUUAAUUACUAAUAAUAAUCUUUAGGACAAUAUUGAUUAAUUGAUUGAUCAAUUAUCGAUUAAUUAAUUACUGUAUAUAGAUUUAAAAAAUAGCGCAAGCAUUCCCACCAGAAAAAAAUAACCACCAACCAAUCACAUUUUGAUGAAAAUGUUACACACAAUUUGCUAAAUAUUUACCACGUGUUUUAGGACCACGUGAGAAAAAUGUCAUGUGCUUUUGAUAGGCUGUCGUAAUACGUACGUACAAAGGAGUAAAAAGUAGGGCGCAAUACGAAAAUAACUCUUGUCCAUGAGGUGAUUUAUCUUUCAUUAGUUAAUUAAUUAAUUAAUUAUUUAGUUAAUUACUUACAUUACAUAAUUACUCACACUCACCUACUCACAACCUGUUGACAUUGCAUUGAUUGAUAGGAAAAUAUUUUAGUCAUGAUGAAUAUUUCGUAGUUGGUGAUCUGACUGAUCCUUGAUAAGACUAGUUCAUUCAUUCAUUCAUUCAUUACUGAUUUUUAAUUCAUUAAUUAAUUAGUAAUUAAAUAUUUGUUUUAAUUGUUAAGGGAAGAGCUUUUGCAUGGUUGUUUGUUUGUUUAUCAGGUCAUGAAAGUUUUUUUGACGGGAUUACGGAUUAGUACAAAAACAAGUUGAAAUGAAAUUUUAAUUCAGAAAUUUUCAGAAAUAGUCAUGAAUUUAUUUACAUCUUGAUUUUUUUUCGGACAAAUCUCUUGUCAAAUUUAGCACAAAAUUCUGCGCAAAAUUCUGCAUGAAAAUUAGCAAAUUCUGCCCAAAUUUAAAUAUAUUCCGCAUUUAUUAAAAAAAAUUGUGCAACAUUUUUGCUCACGGGAAGAUGAAGAAGAAGGAAAAAAGUGCAUAUUUUUAAUUGAUCUUUAAUUUUUGUGUUAUUUAAAAAAAUGAUUGAUAUUACUAGAAAAUAGUUAAAUUUUUUAGUUCACGAUGGGAAAUCGAGGAGAAUUUUAAAAAGUGUGCAGAAAUCACUGGAAUAUUCAGGGUUCGCAUUUUUUUGAAAAUUGUAGUCAAUUUCUAUAAUAUUUUAAUUUUUAGUGAAAUUUUUCGUGAAAAAUUUCACCUAAUAAAAUCGGAUCAGAUAUCAGGGACUCAUAUAUGCAAAUGAGAAUCGAAAGGAAAGAAUCAGUAGUAUAACAACAACGAAACGAGGCUUAAUUACUUACCUGAUUAAUUAAUUAACUAAUUAAUUACAAUUACACACGUACACACACAAUUGUUGGGGCAAUACUUCUCAUCUCGGGUAGGAAGGAGGACGUAAAAAUAAUAUCUUAAAGAUAACUAAGACUGCAAAAGAAGAAUUCAAUAUUCCGAAAAAUUAAUUAGUGUAAUUAAUUAAUUAAAAUUCCUUAAAAAUAUACAACGUCCAGUCGAACAAUCCAGUCCAAUUUUACAGGAAAAAAUUGAUUUUUUUUUUAAAUCAAUUUUUCUCGUUAAAAGUAAAACCUAUGCAAUUCUUUAAAUAAUGACAAUUUUUUCCUAUUUAUCUUGUUGUUCUCUUCUCUCUUGAAUCGAGUGUAAAACAAAAAGGCAUUUAUUAUAUCUAGAGUUAUGGUUUGUAUUUUAAAAUUAGACUCUUUUUUGUAUACAGAAAAUGGUCAAAUUAUAAAAUACAAAAGGUUAACUAAUUAAUUGCAUAACACGUCAGACAUUUGUCUGAUACGUACAAAUAGUCAAGACUUGAAAAAGAAAUCAAAUUAUUACUCUUAUCACGGAGACUUUUUUAGCGGGAGGACUGAUAAGGAAGAUUUUUUUGCUUGGUUGAAUUGAAAAAAUAUAGUUAAAAUAGUUCCUUUUCUUUUUCGAAUUUCUAGAAAUUCAGAAUUUCUAAAGAAAAAGAAAGAAUAAACCGCCUUAAAAUUCCAAAUUGACAAAUGCAAAGCAAAACAAUUUAAUUAAUCGGGACUAAUCAUUAUUAUUCACGCUUGCCAAAAGAUACGAAUCAAAAUAAUUAUUACUGAGAUUUUUAAGUAUACAAGAAGAAGAAUUUCUGUUAAUUUCUCUCUUUAAUAAUUUGCAUAAUUUCGUGAUUUUGUGAUAGAUAAAUUCCUGGGAAAAUCUCUUGCAAAGUAUUUUGUAUUAAUUUAAUUGUUAUUAUUAUAUUUAUUAAUGAUCUCUGUUUAAAAACCGAUUGGCUGAUUAUUAAUUAGUGAUUUAUUAGGUGACAUUAUUGAUUAGUUAAUUAAUUAAUUAAUUAAUUAAUUAACGGACUAAAUACAUACACAUGUACCGCCUUAUUUUUCCUUCAAUCAUUGUUGUUUGAGACACGCUUAAUUAAAUAUCUGAUCAGCUCACAAGUUUAAAUAUGUAGCUUAAAUGUAUGUACGUUAAAAGCUGGAUGUUAAAAAACUGGACCUUUCAUUCUCAAUAAUUAUACAAAAAAUUAAUUAUAAUUAUCAUAGUUAAUUAAUUAAUUGAUGAGAUCUUUCCUUGUAAUACAGAGGGUGCGACUGCAUUGUUGUAACAAUUUUUUUCCCUAAAAAAUCCACAACAAUGCAUUCUCACCCAAAUUAUUUGAUGAUGACGAAGACCAACCAAUGACAAAAAAAUGUAAUUGUGAUUAAUUAAGUUCUCAAGUUAUUAAGGUAAAUAUUUAAAGAAGUAGAAGGAAAGCAGAGUCGAUCCCGGUUUUAAUUGAUAAUCUCCUCAUCAUAAAAAUGCAUUUCUUGUCUAAAAGUUCAACACGAAAUUAAUUAUGUAAUUAUUAAUUAUUAAAUAUUAUUACUUUCCCGUCUGUGAUGUAUUUACGUAGAUAAAAGGAUUAUAUUUGGCAAUAUUAUAAACCUUAAUUAUAAUUAAUUUCCCUCUCUGUGUUCCAUUUUAAGUUGGUUGGUUCUUGCUAAGAAAAUAUGUACUUAUAAUUUACAUAUUUUGUAAGGUUUACAACAAUCUCAGAAAAGUAUGCAAAACAAGGGAAUUGUAAAUUUGACGAGCAGCUACAUAUUUGCGAAAUAUUUGCAAAAAGAAAGCUUAAAAGAACAAGGAUAGACUUUUUUGCGUGUUUUUUUAGCCUAAUUUAAGGCAUAGUUACCCUCUGUAUUUAGUUUUUAGGUUAAAUGCACCACCAUUUUUAAGGAAAGAUCAUCGACCAUGAUGUAUGUGAGUGAGAUCAGUAUUGUGAAGAAGAAUUAUACUUUGUGAGAGAACAAGGUGCAUGCAAAAAUGCAAAAAAUAAUGGCGAAUUUCGCACUGCGAAAAUGCGAAAACUCCAAUUUUACGGAAAUAUCUACCUAACAUAACAACAAAGAUAACGAGACUAGUGUUUUUUUCGAAAAAAAACAGUUCAAUUUUCAAAUUCAUACCAAAACUCCAAGACUUUACUAACAAGUUGAUGUUGAUGUUGAUGAAAUGAAGUACAUGGAAAUUCAUGGAAAAUCAUGGAAAAUUAUACAUAAAUACACGCACAUAUUUACUUAUAAUUAUGUAAAUAAAUACAUAAAUAAAUAUGUAAACGUAGGUACACCUGCCAUGCCCAACUUUAAAAUAGUCAGUUUGAAUCAUGUCAUAAAAAAUAAUUACAUAAAUUAUAAUUAUAAUUAAUUAAUUAUUAAUUAAAUAAGUGCUAAUGGUUGAGGAGAAGAAGUGAAGUGAUAUUCAUGAAUUUUUAGCGUGGUAAAAAUACAUACACAAAUUUUUAGAAUUUUUAGGAAAUAUAUCAUCAUUAUCAUCAGUAUAUAUGCAAUUAUAAAGUAAAGUGCUAAUUGAAUAGUUAGUUAACUAUUUAAUUAAAUAAUUAGUGAUUGUAAAGGACAGUCAAUUGUGCCACACUGGAAGAAGAAUGGACGGAGUUAAUUAAUGUCACAUAAUUACUAAUUAAUUAGUAAUUAAUUAGUGGUGGGUAAUUAAGAAAACACUUCCAUUUUACAUAGUCCAAAAGCUAUUAAGUGAGAAGAGAGGUGGAUGGAUGGAUGGGUUUGGUUUGGUCAAAAUAUGUAAUAAUAUGCAAAUUAUUACCAAAAACGAAAAAUAAUUUCGAAAAAUGAAGAGACGAUGAUGAAUAUACAGGUUAAAAAUGUACCAAAAAAGGUGAGAAAUCGGUAUCAAAAACAUCGCAGAUUUUGCCCCUAAAUAAGAUCUGAUUAACUAAAUGAUGACGUAAAUAUGUAAAUAAUGCCUCAUUUGACUAUUAACAAUGAUGUGCAAUUUACAAUGGAUUUCAAAAAACGAGUGAGAAGUGAAAGAAAGAAAAAAGAGGAUGAUUUUUUUUUCUGGAAAUUUUAACCGGGAUUUUUCAGGUUUACUUUUUCCUCCUGCGAUUACAUACGAAGUGUGUAAAAAAUUUCAGAAAUGUAAAGUACUUGACAUUCAUUAUUAUGCAUUCAAAAAAUACAAUACAAUUAUUAAUCUAGAUUAAUUUUAAAUUGUUAAUUAAAGACGAUAUCAAAAUAUUAUACGUAUGUAUACUUGAUGAUUUACAUAAUUAGUUAAUUACAUACACACAUUUUAUCCCUCACAUAUUACACAUUAUGCAUUGUACUCUUGUUCUAAUUUUAAUGAUUUAUUAUUUUAAGUAAAAUGUAAAAAA